AUGCCGAUCAUUACAAAUAUUGAAAUUGAAAAUAAGUUCUUUGACUUUUAUGAAGGCGAUGAAAAUGUUUUUUAUUCAAAGGAGUAUGAAUUAUUUUUAAGUUUAUGUAAUAAUAAUAUAUAUGCUUUCAAAGUAGAAAAUAUUGUCAAUUGCAAUAUUUUUAAAUAUAAUAUUCUAUAUCCAACAUGUAUAUUAGAAUCUUGCGUAGAUAUUGAUGAUGUGAAAGAGUUCUAUCAUAAAAAAUAUUUAAAUAAAUAUUGUAUAUCUUUAUUCAGUAAUAUAAGACAUUUUUAUUAUUCCAGUAAAAAUAUAUUCUUAUCGACAGAUGACAACAAUAUACAUUAUUAUGUUUUAAUGCUUAAUGAUGAAAUAAAAGAUGAAUGUAAAAAUGAGAAUGAAGAAAUAGAUAGAAAUGAGAAAGAUAUUUAUUUAUAUGAUCAUAAAGAAAAUGAAGGAAAAAAUUUUUAUUCAUAUAGUUAUAAUUGGGUAUGCUUAAAAAAAAUGAAAAUAUGGAAAACAGUGAAUAUUGUUAUAUCAUGUUUUUAUUAUAGUGAAGUAGAAUAUAAAAAAUUAGUUGUUGGAUAUAAUAAUGGAUUAAUAAAUAUAUAUAAUUUAAAUACUUAUAAAUUAAAAAUAUCUUAUAAAAUACAUAAUAGUAGAAUUACAAACUUAAAAAUGUAUAAAAAUUUUAUUAUAAGCUCAGAUGUAACAAAAAAUGUUUUUAUUUAUGAUUCAGUGAAAGGUGAAAAGAUCAUCUCUUGUGAAGAUCACAUGAGUGGAAUAAAGGAAUUUCUUUUUUUAGCUGUUCAAAGUGAUGAAAUUGAAGAAAAAAAAAGUGACGAAUAUGUUAAAAAUGAUAAAAUUGAAAAUGAAAAUGUCAAAAAUGACGAAGAUGAAGGUGAAAAUGUUAAAAAUGAUGAAGAUGAAAAAUUAAUUGGUUUCAUAAGUAUUGGUAAUGAUAAAAUCAUGAAUGUAUGGAACCUUAAUAUUUUAAACUCAUAUAAUGAAGAAGAAAUUAAUAAUUUAAAGAGUAAAAAUAAUAAUAAAAAAAAAAAGAAAGAUAAAAAUAAUAAUGUAAUUACAUUUAGUCCAAUAAAGCAAAUUUAUUUAAGCAAUGAUAUAAACAAUGCAUUAAUAAUACCAUCCAGUAUUUACAAAAAUAAAAAAGGAAAAUUAAUAAUAAAUGAUGAAAAUAUAAAAUGGCUAAUAUUAACUCAUGAUGAUAAAGGAAAUUUACUUUUUUAUAAUCCUUUAAAAGGAGAAAUCAUAUACAAAUUUAAAGAAAAUAAAAUGCUAAUUAACGCUAGCAACAUAAGAAAAUUUUUUCUACUAAAAAACGAAUUAUAUAUAUUUCGUGAGGAUAAUUCUAUAUUAAUUUACGAUAUAAGAAACUUCAAAUUGAUUAAUAAUUAUAUAUGUAAACUUGAAGGUAUUUUUGAAAUUUUAUUUUUCGAUUCUCUUCAUAAUGAGUUAUCUGAUGAAAAAUAUAAAAGUGAAAAUGAAGAAAUAAUGGAUAAAAAUUAUGAUUAUAAUAAUAAAAAAAAAAAUGCUGUAGUUUUAUUAGGAGAUAAUAUAAUUAGAAUAUUAAAAUUUGAAAACUUGAUUAGUCAAACAUUAUUAAUUGGUCAUGAAGAUGUUGUAUCAUGUAUUAAGCUAAAUGAAAAAAAUAAUCUUUUAUUUAGUGCAUCUAAUGAUAAAAAUAUUUUUAUAUGGAAUUUAAAAAAUUGUGAAUGUUUAUAUGUAUUAAAAGAUAAUUUAUAUCCUAUUAAUUCAAUAGAUGUAAACUUAAAAAAGUUUCCUUUAAUAGUUUUAGUAAGUGUAUGUGAAGACAAUAGUUUAAAACUAUGGAAAUUUACAAUUGAAUUAAAUAAUAUUAAAAAUAAUAAAAAAAAAAGAAAAUUGGACGAACAUUUGAAUGAUAAGGAAAUUGUUCGAAGUAAUUUGACUAUUUAUCCACAUAAAGUUUUAAUUAAUGAUGUAGCUAUAUCUCCUAAUUCUAAAAUUAUUGCUACAUGUAGUAAAGAUAAAACUAUAAAAUUAUUUGAAACUCAAAAUUUAAAGUUAUUAAAAAUUUUGGAAGGUCAUAAAAAGUCUGUUCAAAAUAUUUUUUUUUCAAAAAAUGAAAAUAUUUUAUACAGUAACUCAUAUGAUUGUGUAAGGAUAUGGAAUUUGAGUAAUUAUGCAUGUGUAAAAAGCAUACAAAGUCUUGAUUUCAAUAUCACAAGAAUGCUAAUUUUAAAUGACAAUUGUAUAAUAAAUGGAUAUAGUAAUGGUAAUAUUAGCAUAAUAAAUAUUAAGAGUUGUGAAAAGUUAUCUACAAUAAAUUAUCAUAAAGAUAAAAUAUUUUGUUUAAAAGAUUAUAAUAAUAGCAUAGUAUCCGCUUCUAUUAAUGGAGAACUGAUAUUUUUUAAAAACACAAGUGAAGAAAUUUAUACAGAAAAUGUUUUUGAAAAAAGAAAAAAUAUUUUUUACGAGAAUUGUUUAGAAAGUUUGUUAAAAGAAAAAAAGAUAAAUGAAUCCUUACUAAUUUGUUUAAAAUUAGAUAAAAAAUUUAAAUUUAAGAGUAUCAUAGAAAAUUAUUUAAAUUAUUAUACUUUUUCAAUUUUAAAUAUAUUGAAAAAAUUCGAGCAUGAAUAUGGUGUUAAAAAAAUAAAUGAAAAAAAUAAUGUUGUAAAAAAAGAGAAAAAUGAUGAAAGUCAAUAUCCUACUAAUCAAUCAUUAGAAAAUACAGAAAAUAAGAAUAGUAAAGAUCAAGCAAACAAUUUAAUUUUGGAUGAAAAAAAAGAAAAAAAUAUCAUUGAUGAUAAUAUUGUUAAUAAUAUUCAGAAUUACAUAGAAAAUUCAGAUAUUUUAGAAAAUUAUAUUUAUUAUGAAUUAUCAAAAUUAUCAACCAAUGAAUCAGAACAGUCAGAUAAAGAUGAAAGUAAUCAUGAAGAAAAAAAUACAAAUAAAAUAAAAAAGGAAAAUGAAUAUAAAAAAAAUAACGUAUUUACAAAUCAGUUAGAUGAUGAUGAUAAUUUUGUUUUAUUUUUGAAAAAAAUAAAAAAAAAAAGUGAACAUUCAUAUUUCUUAUAUUUAAAUAAGUUAAUGGAAUAUAUUACGUUCUUUGUUAUGAACCAUAGAUAUGCAUAUAUAUCAAAUUUUCUUUUGAAUAGUUUAAUUAAAUAUAUAGACUAUUCAGAUAUCUGUAAAAUUAAUAAUUAUCAACAUUUUUUUGAAAUUUAUAAUAGUUAUAUACCUAGGCAUAAAAAUAGAUAUUUAAAAUCAUUGCAAAAAUCUAAGUGUUUUGAAUUAAUUAACAUAAAUUACUAUAAAGGUGAUAUAAAAAUGAUGAUUUGA